AUGGCAGGCUCUGCGAAAAAGGCCACUAAAAAGUUCGAGAAGAAGCAUCUCAAGGACACAAUCGAGCACCGCAAGGAAUUCGCCAAGGUCAAGCAACGACACCGUCUGAAGGAAAAGAAACAACAGUCCACACGAAUACAUGGCCGAGCAGAAAGUGAGCAGGGUGAACAGAUCCAGCAGAAUGGUAUUGGUGGUCGGAAAUCUGCUGCAGACGAGCAGAAGAAUGCAUUUUCUGAGAUGAACGUGGAUGACUUCUUUGCUGGUGGAUUUGAUGUACCCGAUGCUGCUCCUAAAAUGAAAAAUAAGCCCUCUAAAAAGGAUGUUCCCCCGAAGAUUGGGAAGAGGAAGCGGGCAGAUGAGGUAGAGGGAAGAGAAGAUGAUCAGGAAUUCUCGACACAGAUCGAUAACGAAGAAAAUGACGGGCCACAGAGCGAUGCAACCUCUGCAGGGAGUGACAUUGGUGAUUUAGACGCACAUCUUGAACAGCUAGAAGCCCUAAAGGAUAAAGACCCUGAAUUCUAUAAAUAUCUGAAGGAGAAUGAUGCGGAGCUACUGGAGUUUGGAGACCAUUGGGAUUUUGCUGAGAUCGAUGCACUUAGUGGUGGUGAAGAAGAAGAAGCCCACCCUGUGAAGAAAAAGAAUAAAGCUAAGGCGUCCAAAGCAAGCCAAGAUGACGAUUCGAACGAUACGAUUACUUUGUCAAUGGUUAAAAAAUGGCAGAAAUCAAUGACGGAGCAGUAUUCGUUAAGAGCAACACGACAGGCAGUCUUGGCAUUCAGAUCAGCCGCCUACAUGAACGAGGAAGAUUCAAAGGACCGGAAAUACACCAUUUCAGAUACAAGUGUUUACCACCAAGUCUUUCUCACGGCCUUGGAAUACGUCCCUAAAGUUUUAAAUCACCAUCUACCCAUAAAAAAGACUACGAGUGGGAAAGUCAGAGUCUCUCUAGAGUCCAAGAAAUUUAAAACGUUGACUCCCCUCAUCAAGUCGCACGCAUCAUCCGUCCAUCAACUUCUUACGAACCUGUCCGACGCAGCCGCCUUGAAGCUGACGUUGGCAUCAAUUGAGCCUAUGCUUCCAUAUCUUCUUCCCUUUAGAAAACUCUUAAAAGCCAUUCUCAAGACCGUUGUUGGCAUCUGGUCCGAUUCAGCCAGCACUGAAGCCACCCGAAUCACAGCGUUUCUCAUCGUCCGCCGCCUGAUGGUAACUGGAGAUUCUGGAAUCCAAUCUUCAGUUCUAAAGACAACCUAUGAGGGAGUGGUUAAGGGUAGUAGAAAUACCACCGUGCACACGCUCGCUGGCGUAAAUCUUAUCAAAAACUCUGCGGCUGAGAUUUGGGGAAUCGAUCAGAAUGUCUCCUAUACAACGGGCUUUAGCUUUAUCAGACAACUAGCGGUGCAUCUACGAAGCAGCAUCAUUCGUCCAUCAAAAGACUCCUACAAGACCAUAUACAACUGGCAGUACGUCCAUUCCUUGGACUUUUGGUCGAGAGUUUUAUCGUCUCACUGCGAUUCAGUGGCGGAAACCACCGCCGGGAAGGCAUCCCCUCUACGACCGCUUAUCUACCCUGUCGUCCAGAUCACCCUAGGUGCGAUGCGCCUAAUGCCAACAGCGCAAUACUUCCCACUCCGCUUCCAACUUACUCGAUUACUUCUCCGCAUCUCCCUUGCAACAGGAACCUACAUCCCCCUCGCAGCCGCACUUUUGGAGGUCCUCAAUUCCGUCGAAAUGAGAAAACCACCUAAAUCCAGCGCCCUCCGCCCUCUCGAUUUCGCCACGAGCAUCCGUGCUCCAAAAUCGUACCUACGAACCCGCGUUUACCAAGACGGCGUGGGCUUUGAAGUUGCAGAACUUUUCUCGGAAUUCUUCGUUCUAUGGGCCAAAAAUAUCUCGUUCCCGGAACUGUCGCUGCCCGUAAUUGUCAUGCUCAAGCGCUGGUUGAAGGAGGUAUCUUCUCGCACGUCGGGAAACAAGAAUACGAAGGUCAAUCAAAUGGUCGUUUUGCUUGUGCAGAAGCUUGAGGCGAAUAGUCGCUGGAUCGAGGAGCAGCGGUCAAAAGUGACAUUCUCUCCAAGGGAACGAGCAGAGGUUGAAAGGUUCCUGAAGGAUGUGGAGUGGGAAACUACGCCGUUGGGAGCAUUCGUGAAAACGCAGAGGAGACAGAAGGACGAGCAGAUCAAGUUGGUUGAGCGGAGUCGAUUGGAGGAUCGGAAGAAACGGGCGGCAGGUGGUGAUGUGGAGAUGGAGGAUGUUGCUUCUGUGAGAAGUGAGGAGGAUGAAAAUGAUGAGGAUAUGAAGGAUUAA